UGAAACAUUAUAGAAUUUUCCCUACAAAUAUAUCUCUAUAAAAAUACUAAUAACAUUCAUAGAGUAGUAGUUGCUAUUUAACUCACUCCAACACCCCAAUCAAGAUUAACUGCUCUAACGAAUCUCAACACGACGACGUCGAUGCCACACAUUCACCCAUAACUUCGUAUAGAGGUGGCAAAUGGAUUGGAUUGGUGGAUUGGAUUGGUGGAUCCAUGGAUCAAAUGGAUUGGAUCUAAUGGAUUGGUGGAUUCAUGGAUUGGAUCAAGUGGAUUGGUGGAUUAUCCAUGAAUCCAAAUGACAUCCUCAACCAAGGACCAAUAUGUAAAAUGUAAAAAGUUUAGGUACUAAAAUGUCAUAAUGAAAAAUUUUAGGUACCAAAACGUAAUUUUCCAAUGAUAUUUUUCGUAUAAAAAUUUAAAUUUUAGGUACCAAAAUGUAAAAAAUAAAAAUUAUAGGUACUAAAUCGUAUUUGCCAAUGAUCCAUGGAUCCAAUCCAUGAAUCCGCCAAUCCAAUUGGAUUUGGAUAAAAUGGAUUGGAUUUAAAUGAAUUGGAUUAGGUGGAUAUUUUUAAUGGAUUGAUGAAUUGGAUUGGUGGAUUGGAUUGAAAUUGCCACAUCUAACUUCGUAUGAGUACAACAGACACCAAUAACAACCUACCCAUCAAAACAGAAUGCAUCCAACAUCACAUCAUUGGAUACAACACACGUUCCAAAGAGUACUCAAACCUCUCGGAUUCCGGUUGACACCCUCAACAGAUAGUUCCCUCAAUCUCCAAAUAUUUAAAAAAAAAAAUUGGGUUAAUACACUGGAAAUACCAACGUUUAGCGAAAGUGCCAUUUGUAUUACGUACUUUCAAUAAACACAAAAAUAUUUCAACCUAUUGGGUGUCUGUGUCAUUUGUGUUACGCGAAUUUUAGUUGACCAUUAGAGUUAACCGUUGACCUAACGGUGGUCAAUCUUUGUUUGACCAUUGCUGAAGUGGCGCUUAUGUGUGUUCAACGCAUGAGCCACGUAGGAAAUUAAUAUUAAAUUAAACUUUAAUUGAUAAAAUUUGCUGAAGUGGCGCUUCGUCUCCUUCUUAUCUCUAACGAGCCGGCGACGACGAGGUGCGUUGAUACCCGAACCCGCGAGGAAUUGUGCUGCAAUCAGUUUCAGAAAAGCAAAAUCGAGAGGGAGAAGGCGCCGAUUUCUGGGUUUCGUGGAGAACGAAAAGAGGGAAAGGAGACAGAUCCUGACUGUCGAUUUUGGGUUUCAUCAACGAGGAAGAGAGGGAAAGGAGACAGAUCAAGCUCUGGUUUUGGGUUUCUUAUUAUGAAUCAGAGCAAGAGGAACCAGACGGGAAUUUCAGGAUUUUUGGCCGAUGACGAGACGAUGUGACGGCAUGUAGAUCAAAGUGGAGGACGUCAGCAUCAUUUUGAGUCAUCUUCCACAUGCUAGCAGUGAAAAAAGUAAUACUUUACCAAAUUUCGCCGGGAGAAAGCACAGAAAAUAAAGUGCAGCCGGAAAAGACACCCCAUCUUCGUCGCUCUCUUCUUUGUCUUCUAGCAUCAUCCCUUCUGAAGAAAUCCAUAUUCUUUUUUGUCCCUCCCAUUUCUUAGUCAAGAAAUUUCAGCGCAGUUGCGAUGCAAAUUCCUGCUUUCCGCCUCCCCCGCCUAUUUAACCACUCUUCCCUGCCUCUGCUCCAUCUCCCCAUCGCCGGCCAAAUCAGCCCACCCCAAACGAUCAAUCAGAUUCUCUUACAGCCAUGGGAACAACCCUCUCCGUCCUCGCCUCCGUCGCCGUCCUCCGCUCCACGGUCAAGGAGUUCGUCCCGCCCGAAAUCCGCACCUACCUCCUGGAACUCAGCCGCCGCUUCUCGUCGGAGAUCGUCCUCGUCGUCCCGGAGUCCCACGAAGGCUCGACCAACCACCUCCACAAAGCCCUCGCCACCUACCUCGGCAGCGCCGCCGUCUCCGACCCCGGCGCCCCUCCCCGGCGGCUCACCGUCGGCAAGAGCGAGACCAUGAAGGUGCUCACCUUCGGCCUCGACCGCAACUCCGAGAUCGUGGACCGCUUCGACGGCAUUCCCAUGAAGUGGGCCUACUUCACCGAGACCAACACCGCCAUCCACUUCGAGCUCAAGUGGUACGAGCUCCGCGUCCACCGCAAGCACGGCGAGCUCGUGACCGCCAGAUACUUCACCCACAUCCUCGAGACGGCGAAGAAAAUUAGGGAUCGGAGCAGAGUGGUCAAAUUCUUCACCACGCGCAGCGGGCGGGACGGGUGGAGCACCAAGGGGAUGAAUCUGGAGCAUCCCAUGACAUUCGAAACCCUCGCCAUGGAUGGGGAUCUGAAGCACGAGGUAAUUGAAGAUCUUGAUUCGUUUAUGGGAGGUAGGGAUUACUACAAGAAGAUUGGGAAAGUCUGGAAGCGUGGGUACUUGCUGUACGGCCCUCCAGGGACGGGGAAAUCCAGCUUGAUCGCCGCCAUGGCGAAUUACCUCAACUUCGACAUAUACAACCUGAACCUCUCGGUGGUCAAUUCGGAUUCCUCGCUCGAGUAUCUGCUGCUUCACAUGUCGAAUCGGUCCAUUCUCGUCGUCGAGGACAUCGAUUGCUCCCUGAUGUUGCAGAAUCGUCAAGCCGUGGACCACCAGCAGCGUCUGGUGCCGGAUCAGAAUCCUGCCGCCACUCAGAUUCAGGUCCCUAUUCGCCCCAAUCAGGUGACGCUAUCUGGACUUCUGAACGCCAUCGAUGGGCUGCUGUCAUGCUGUGGGGAUGAGAGGAUUGUGGUCUUCACUACUAACUACAAGGACAGGAUCGAUCCUGCUCUGCUCAGAGCCGGGCGUAUGGAUAUGCACAUUCACCUGACUUACUGUACAUUCUCCACGUUUAAGCAACUUGCUCUCAACUAUCUGGACAUUGGCUAUCAUAAAUUGUUCGGUCAAGUCCAGAGAUUGAUAUCAGAAGUCGAGGUUUCUCCAGCAGAGGUGGCAGGGGAACUCAUGAAGGAAAGAGAUCCCAGCAGCAGCUUGGAAUGCCUCAUUAGGUUUCUGCAAAGCAAGAAAGCAGAAGUGAAGCCCUCUUCACCGGAAGAUGUAUUUAGUGACGGUGAGAACUGUAAACCAAAACAGAAUGAUGGACGAAAGGAUGAAAAAGCUGUUUGCAAGCCACUGGAAGUUGGAGGGUAUCGGAUCAAGGAAGAGUUGUCAUCAACUUUGGGGUCUAUUCUCUCGGAACAUGGCGACAUUGUUGCUAACUGCACAUUGCAGUCUCCGGAGUGUCGCGCAUUGUUCUUGGAACUUGUCUGCGAAAUCUUUCAGAAGCUUCAAGCUUUGAAGGAAACCAGGUUGACUCUGGCCGAGCUUAACUCCAUGGCGAAAAGUGUUCGAGAUCUUGAGUCACUGAAACUCGAAGUUGGGUGGCUCCUUGGGAGCCUGGACGAGGUUACUCCAGUCUUGAAUGGAACGGAGGCUAUGCCAUGAAUUCGUCUCUUCUUGUAUCUGAAUUCAGUGUGGUUCCAGUUUUAUAGGAUGUCAGAAUUCAGUGUCCUAUGGAUUUCUAAAUAUAGUUGUGAAUAUAUUUGUCACAAACCUGAUAGUUGUGGAUAUACAAUUGUAUUUUGCCUUCUAAAUAUGCCAAAGUAAUGUCUACAUUGUAUUGUUUAGGUAUUGGUACAACUCGAUUAUGACGACUAGCACAUCUCCUAUUUGUUAUUUUAGUAUAAUGAUGUGUUUCACCGCUUUUUUCUGUAGUUGUAUUUGACUUACACCAUUUGUGUAAGUCGACUCACUUUUCUUGACUUCAGCCAAUAUAUUAAUGAAAGAAAUACUCACCU